ACGUUUUCAUGGAGCGAAGUGGUGCACUUGCAAAAGCUCUGUGGAAGAACACGAACAAUCCGAGGUUGGCAUGGAGAAUCUUUAAGAGGGUCUCCUCUUCCCCUUCCGACCAAAGCCAAGUCGUCGCCUUUGCUACGGUACCGACGAUCGCUCGUAUCCUUGUUCGCGCCAAAAUGCGCGAAGAAAUCGACGAUCUUCACCUGCUUAUGCUCUCCUCGCAAACCCAAAAAGCAGAUUUUUCUUCUAUUAUCGCCGUCGUCUCGAUCUUUGCCAAAUCGGGUCUCGUCGACAAGGCGUUUUCGCAGUUCCAGUUCGUCCGCUCGCGGUUUCCCCAAAACCAGCCCGGAAUCUAUAUGUAUAAUGUUUUGUUGGAAGGCUGCAUAAGGGAGAGACGUGUGGACUUCGUUUUGUGGUUGUAUAAGGAUAUGAUCGUCUGUAAGAUUCCCCCGCAGAUCUAUACGUUCAAUCUAUUGAUCCGUGCUCUAUGUGAUUGCGGUUGUGUGAAAGCUGCUCGAGAGUUGUUCGACGGAAUGCCUGAGAAGGGUUGUAAACCAAAUGAAUUUACUUUUGGGAUCUUGGUUCGGGGGUAUUGUCGGGCCGAUAUGUCUGACAAAGGGCUAGAGUUGUUGAAUUUGAUGACGAGUUUCGGGGUUUCGCCCAAUAAGGUCGUGUACAAUACUGUCAUUUCGAGUUUCUGUAGGGAAGGUAGGAAUGAUGAUGCCGAGAAAUUAGUGGAGAAGAUGCGAGAGGAGGGUUUGCUUCCCGAUAUCGUGACUUUCAACUCUAGGAUAUCAGCGCUAUGCAAAGAAGGAAAAGUUUUGGAAGCAUCUCGAAUUUUCAGGGACAUGGAGGUUGAUGAAUAUCUGGGGCUUCCUCGGCCAAAUGGAAUAACAUAUAACUUAAUGCUGGAAGGGUUCUGCAAGGUAGGGAUGCUGGAGGAAGCCAAGACCCUCUUCGAGUCAAUGCAAGAGAGUAGCUCUCUCAUUAGUCUGGAGAGUUACAAUAUUUGGUUGCACGGUUUGGUCAGAUAUGGGAAGUUUAUCGAAGCUGAGGCAGUUCUUAAACUGAUGAUUGAUAAGAGAAUAGAGCCUAGUGCUUGUUCAUACAAUAUCUUGAUAGACGGGUUAUGCAAAUUUGGUAUGUUGUCCGAUGCAAAAGCCAUAGUGGAUUUGAUGAAAAGUAAUGGUGUUUCUCCGGAUGUUAUAACUUAUGGCAGUCUUCUACAUGGAUACUGUAGUUCAGGGAAAGUCUACACUGCUAAGAAUAUAUUGCAUGAGAUGAUGAGAAACAAUUUCUUGCCAAAUGCUUAUACUUGUAAUAUUUUGCUCCAUAGCCUAUGGAAAAAGGGGAGAAUGUCUGAGGCAGAAGAGUUGCUGCAAAAGAUGAAUGAAAAAGGUUAUGACCUAGAUACUGUCACCUGCAAUAUUAUAAUUGAUGGACUAUGUGACAGUGGGAAGUUGGAUAAAGCGAUCGAGAUAGUGAGGGGAAUGCGAGUUCAUGGAAGUGCUGCUCUUGGUAACUUAGGGAAUUCAUUCAUUGGUCUGGUGGAUGAUGGCAAGAGCGAGAACAAUUGCUUGCCUGAUCUGAUCACAUAUUCAACUUUAAUUAAUGGUUUAUGCAAAGCCGGAAGAUUUGGUGAAGCAAAGAAGUUGUUCGUUGAGAUGAUGGGAGAAAAACUGCGGCCUGAUUCUGCUGUAUACAACAUUUUUAUCCAUCAUUUCUGCAAACAAGGAAAAAUAUCAUCUGCAUUUCGUGUCCUCAAAGACAUGGAGAAGAAAGGUUGCAGUAAAAGCCUACAGACUUACAACUCGUUGAUCCUGGGUUUAGGCAAAGAAAACCAGAUAUUUGAAAUUCAUGGACUAAUGGAUGAGAUGAGGGAAAAUAACAUUUUACCAAAUGUCUACACCUACAAUACUGCAAUCAAAUAUCUCUGUGAGGGAGGAAAAGCUGAAGAUGCAACUUAUCUAUUAGGUGAAAUGUUGCAAAAGGACGUAAUCCCUAAUGUCUUUUCCUUCAAACAUUUAAUCAGAGCAUUCUGUAAGGUGCCUAACUUUAGCAAUGCUCAGGAAGUCUUUGAGACUGCUGUCAGUGUCUGUGGACACAAGGAAAGCCUUUACAGUCUGAUGUUCAAUGAGUUGCUCUCAGGAGGGCAACUCUUAGAGGCUAAGGAGCUGCUUGAAGCGGUAUUAGAGAGUCGUUUUGACUUGGGGUGCUUUCUCUAUAAAGAUCUUAUUGCGAGCCUAUGUAAGAAGGAAGAGAUAGAGGUAGCUAGUGGAAUUUUGCAUAAGUUGAUAGACACAGGAUAUGCUUUUGACCCUGCAGCAUUCAUGCCUGUGAUAGAUGGCUUAGGUAAGAGGGGUAAGAAGCAAGAGGCAAAUGAACUUGCUGAGAAGAUGAUGGAAAUGGCUUCAGUUGGUGAAGUAGCAAACAGAUUUGAUGGAAAUGCGAGGAACUUAUCCCAGGAAAGCCAUGGUAAAUAUGGUGAAAAGGACUGGCAAAACAUUCUGCUCAGAAAUGAUGGCAGUGGAAUUGCUCUGAAAACUCUUAAACGGAUACAGAAAGGAUGGGGUCAGGGGAAUAUAUCAAGCUUGCAGCCUCAGAAAAUUGACUACUUAGACUUCUGGGAAAAUGAUGCUUGAGCUGACUCUCAAGUAUUUUUUGCCCUUUUGAUGAGAAAGAACAGAUGGUGCUGGAGCUCCUUUUUCUGGUACCUUGCAUCUGGGACGCAAAUAAGUCCUCCAAGUCUCCGAUUUGUUGUACAAGAGAAUAAGAUAGAAGGAAUGCAGAGAAACAGAGGAGAUUCCAGGUUGACAGUAAACAAGGAAGGCAAAUUGUCUGCUUCGCAGCCUUGCCAGAUUGUUUGUCAGGAAGGAGCAGUACUACCAAAAGAACUUCCCAGCUUGACUUGAGACGCUUGGUGAAUGCUGAU